UUGUAGCAGAUGUCAUCAAAUAGUGUACUCAAUGAGAGUAUAAUUAUGCUCUCCAGGUAUACUGAAAUCUUUCCAUAAACCAUAUUAGACAUGGUUGAAUUUUUGAUAAGGAGUGUACAUUAAACUUGAUGGUCUAUUAAUAGAUUAUCUUUUGUUUCUGUGAUCAUGAAAUACUCCCAUGGAUUGACGAGAUUUGAAAAUGUACAAACCAACAGUGUCAAUAAUUAUACCAAUCUAUAAUGGAGAAAAUUGGAUUGAUUCCUGCUUCAAUUCUAUUAUUAAUCAGACCGUUGUAUCAUUGAUUAAUCUGGAAAUAGCAGUAUGCGAUGAUGCAAGCACCGACAAAACAUUGAGCAAUCUAGAAAGUUGGGGAAAAAAAUUGAAAAAAUUGUCUAUACCACUGAAAGUAUUUAAAAAUCUCUCAGGCAAACCCAAAGGAGUCGGUUAUGCAAAAAAUAGAGCAAUUGAAAUUUCAACUGGAACAUACUUAUGUUUUCAAGAUGUUGAUGAUACUAUGCAUCCACAAAGAAUUCAAGUUCAGUAUGAGUUAGCGAAGAGAAAUAAAAGUGCAAUAGUUGGUGGAAGAUUUAAGAGGGUACCAGAAAACUCUACAGAAAGAUUUUCUCGAUGGGCAAAUAAUUUAAGCUCAGAACAGUUAAGGCUUCAAAUUUAUACUUCUCAUGGACCAACUGUAAUAAUGCCAACAUGGUUUUGUCACAGAAAUGUUUUUUUAAAUGUGGUUGGAGGUUUUUGUGAGAAUGGACAAGGAACACCAGAAGACUUGCUAUUUUUCUAUUCACAUUUAGAUAACAAAGGAGAAGUUCUGAGAACUGAUGAAGUGGUUUUGAACUAUACAUAUCAUCCUGAAGCAACAACAUUUUCUAUAAAACAGGAAACAAUAUUUAAAAUAAGACUGAGUAGAUUAAUUAAUCAAGUCUUGUGUGAAUGGUCUAAUUUUACAAUUUGGAAUGCUGGUAAACAAGGAAGACAUUUUUAUCGAGCAUUAAAUAAUGAUUUGCAAAACAAAGUUACAGCACUAUGUGACAUUGAUGAAAAAAAAAUUGGACAAAAAUAUGCACCUUAUGAUUCUCACCAAAGAAAAGUUAUAAAUUCUAUUCCUAUUAUACAUUUUUCGGAAGCAGUGCCUCCAUUUGUUAUUUGUGUUAAAUUAGUAUGAAUUUUGGUUUACUAUUACACAGUUAUUUAAUUUACAUAAAUUUAAAAAUCUCUCAUUUUUAGGAUAUGACUAAUGGAAAAUUUGAAGAAAAUCUCAAGUCCUUAGAUUUAAAAGAAGGAACAGAUUACAUACUUUUUAAUUAAAAGUAUAAAAUGUUAGUAUUUGACUGUAAAUUUAUAUUUUACACUUAAAAAUUGUUAAAAAACAGAUUUUUAUGAUGAAAAGAUGCUUAAAAGCAGAAUAAACUUUAAAGUUCUAAAGA